GGCCGGGGACUGGUUAUUCUGGGGGGGGGGUCAUUAAACGCCUUUACAAAUCAGAAAAAAACAUUUUUUUUUACAUUUUAAUUCAAAUUUUUUGUAUUUUAUUUUGCAGUGAAGAGUAAAUGAAUGUCGUAUUUUAACUAGGUAUGAACUGUCGAGGCUGUGCGAGGCGUUUGUAGGUGUAUUGUUUCUCCGGUCGGACGUGCAGCUCCAUGUUGCCAUUUUGUGGUCGGAGGAGAGUCCCGGACGGACACGUCUCGCUCCGGCGCCGCUCAGCAGACCCUGCGGCCGCUGUCAGCUCUGCUGGAGCCCCGCUCCCGGGAGUUUGGAUUUUUGUCUGUUUACAGGUGAGCUGUGAGCCGACAAUCAGCCGUGUGCAACUAACUGUUGCUAUGGAUGCCUGUGCCCGUAUAAGAGGGGUCUCGGUGAAGUCCAGGGCCUCCGUACGGAAGGAGACUGUGCGUGAUGGUGGGGCGCAGUCUGCAAAAAGCCUCUUUAGGAAUAAAAAAGAGCUGUGCAGCAUUGCCCUGGAGCUGCCAGGCACAGACACCUCAAAACUGGCAGAGGUUCAUUUUGUGUGCUUGCCUGGACAAUGUGAUGGGGAGGAUGUCACGCAGAAGGCUCUAUCAUCUCUGCCAGCAGGGCUGUGUGAGCUGCUCAGGUCUCUCAAUGUUCACAGCCUCAAGAAUGAUGAGGUUCUGCUUCUCAAAGACUCCCGCCGGCUGGCAGAGCACAGAGACGCCAGGCCUCCAUGUUGGCUGAAGGCUCUGUGCGUGCUUAGGCUAAAUCCCAGCACGGGCGUCUACCCUCAGGCCACCGUCAUGUCUCUGAUGGGUUUGCUGGGGUGCUACAUGGCGGGGGUCCGCUACGUUCUGGACCUCCAGGGUCUCCAUAGGGGUGCAGCUGAGCACAGCCACCCUGAAGAAGACGACACCAACCAGUCGGUUUCUUCAAUUGAAGAUGACUUUGUCACUGCCCUGGAGCAUCUGGAAGAGGACGAUACUGGUGAAAAUUCACCUGCAGCUGCGUACUGUCAUUUUAAAAAGCGUGAUGUGGCAUCACAGACAAUCCCAGCCCACAAGAGAAAAAAGGAAUUAUCAGGCUCCCGCGUUAUCGUCAGCUCAUCUUCCAAGAAGUGUUCGGGCAAACAUAGGCUGGCCCCAGAUGUAUCUGUAACAGUACAGAAGUCCUCUUCAGGUGUUGAGUCCCAGUGGACUUACUGCAGUCCUGGAGCUCGUCUGCCCUCCCCUUUGACCCAUGUCAGUGAGUCUGAAGAGUCUGACUGUUCCAGCCCUAGCCCCAUCAUUUUCUUGGAUGAAGUGGGCUAUCAGAAGAGCCUGUUGGCCAAGCUGGACAUCCCACAGGUUCCAGGGGGGCCCAGGGAGCGAGUCGAAGACUCUGACUCUGAGGUCAGCGAGUUCUUCGACAGCUUUGAUCAGUUUGAUGACCUGGAGGAGCUGAGCUCAGAGAGCUGCACUCUCACGUUGCCUCUGGACCCCAUCAGUGCUUCAAACCCCCAGAAAAAGUCUGCUGACGCCGGUUCCAAUGGGUCAGCAUCCAAAUAUGUUUCCAGAGGUUGUUCAACCAAGGUCAUGAAUCCUCACCGCUUCGACCAGCCGACUCUCCCAGCCAAUGUGAAAAAGCCUACCCCUCUGAAACCAGGUUCUCCUUACUCCAUAAACUCUGAAGUUCCCGACUCCCCGCGGCUGGCGCAUAGUCCCUCUGAGGAGAACGGGGGUCCUCUCUUCAGUCCUGUGAGCUCCUCUGCUUUCAGUCCUCUGGUGGACUCUUGUGGAUCACUGGAAUACUUCUGGAAGACGGAUGAAGAGGGAGAGGACAGCUCGGAGCUGCGUAAACCUCAAGAUCUCUGCUCUCUAUAUAAGACCUACUCAGACUUUGCCAGCAGUCUGUCCAAAGAAAUUCUUGGGUCUGUGUGUGGCUACCAGUCCGCUGUUGACAUCAGUGACAACAAGAAUCUCAGUUGCGUCUGCCACAAGGAGUUUCAGAACCCUUCAGGCUAUCUGAUGAAGCUCUCAGAAAUACAAGAGACGGUAACGGUUGCCAAGCUGCAGAAGAAGUCCCAUUCUCUGAAGGAUGGCAUUCAGAGGUUUGCUACUGACCUGGUUGAGAUGAGCUUAGGCAGCGCCCUGCGAGACCUCCAGAAAGGUGUUUCCUCCUGCACCACCACUUUGUGUCACCUAGCUGCCAGACUCACCUCCUCAGUUUUUCAGAUGGCCUUCCAUGAGAUUGGGAUGAGACAUGCUUUGGUGUUGAAGGAACGGGCUGUCAGUGGAUUAGCUGGCUUCUUGGUUGGCGAGGCCAUUUCUGGGGCACUGAAAGAUUUCCUCACGGUGAAAAAACAGAUUUUUCACAGUACAGUGACACAGUUUGCUGCUGAUCUGGCAGAAGAGCUGGUGUUUGAAGGCAUAAUGGAGGUAUGCCAGUUCUCCCAUCCCUCCACCCCUCUUACGCCUAGUGACUGGUCUUUCGGCCACGGGCAAGAGGAGGAGGAGGAGGAGGAAGAAGAGGUGGUUUCUUCCUAUGCUUCCGACCUGUCUGAGUCUGUAAUCCAGGAGGCUUUUAUAGAGCUGUCUCAGGCUGACGUUGCCUUCACUAGCCAAGCAGCUAUUAGUGUGUCCUUGGACAACAUCUGCUAUGUUAGUGCAGAGAACAGUGGCGCUCGCACCUGCAGUACCUUUGCUAACCAGCAGCUUUUAAGUGCCAGUUCUGCUGCAGGGGCCCCGGGGCCCUCAGGAGAGGAUGCUACCUGCACAGUAAAGAAUGCUCUGUUCACAGUUUCAGGCAUGGCCAGCUGUGUCCCUGUGCCCCAGGCAGGCCAAGCUCUCUCACACUUCCAGAACACAGAUGAUAUCUGUCAGAAUAAGUCUGGAUUGUUAGAUAGCCCAGAGACCAGCGCCAACGGGGUAGCGGCUUUGUCAUAUGACUCUUCCCAAACGCACACAUACAGUCCUGGAACUCAGACAUCCAUACCUGAAGAGGAACCCUCCCAACGGAAGUCUCCAUUCCAAAACUUCUCUGGAAACAUGGUAGACAUGAUAGUAAGUGAGGCCUGCGAGCUAAUAACCACCUCAAAAAUGAAGAGGAGUUUUGGUGAAUGUGCUGAUUUCCUUACAAAGACAAUCGGAAAUCGAAGGGACUCUCAGCAGGAGAGUCCUGAUUCUCCAUCAAAGUUGGGAGCUGGCGGGGAAAGUUUCAGGUAUGAUGGGUGUGUCAGGCAAGGUGCUCCUGUUGAUCAAGCAUCUGAUGUCCACAUUCCUCAUAUUUCCUUUCGAACGGGCUGUUCAAACCAGGGAAGAGUUCACUGUGAGACAGACCACAGGAGGAGAGGUGUGGUUGAAACACAUCCUGUAAUGAUGGAUACCCUUGAUGUGCCGGAUACGGCCAUGGGUGGACAAAAUAGAACAUCCAUUCCUGCCGAUGACUCAGCUCCAACUACUGGCCAAAAAUCGGUUGGGACACCUGGUACUCCUCCCUCCACCCCUCAGCAGCCCAGUGAGGUCUCCAAAGAGAAACAGAUCAAACGGUUCUCCAAAAAGCUGAAAAGCAAGCUGGCCAAAGAGUUCUCUCCGGCUACGCCGCCUCCAACCCCUCACUAUCAGCCUGAGCCGGGCCCUGGGCCAAAAGACAUAAUCCCAGAGGCAGACAAGAAUGAGUUUAUGCUCAAUCUGAUGAGGUCUCUCUCUGAGGAAGCAGACAGCGCAGAGGAUGUGGAUGAGGAAGAAGCAGUUGAAGAAAGAGGUAUUAGCACCACUAACAGAUGUUUAGAGGGAGAGGUUGGCCGGCAUGAUCCAAACCAGAUGUCCUCACGCAGGAUGUCUAACAAGGAAGCUCUCCACUAUGCUGAGCGACUGGCUUGUCAUAUUGUCUCCAUGGCAACAGAGAUGGAUACCCUGGGAGUGGCACAGGAAGAGGGAGAGAUGAGCAAUGGCAGUGAGAGAGUGAGAGACAGUGUGGCUCAGUUCUCCGAGCAGACACUGAACACCUUGUGGGUGUAUGCUGGCGAGGUGGCAGGGGAGGUCAUAAAUGAUGUGAAGAAGAUGGUGAGCUCUGGACAACAGUGUCCAUAUCACAAAGGUCUCAGGAGAAGAAGCUUUGAGAGAUCGAGCUCUGAAUGUUUGCAUCACUUCCACCGACACCCGUUUCAACCCAAUACCGAUCAGAACAGAGACUGGAGGUUAAGGAAACUGGCUGAGCAGUGGUCUCAUGACCUGAUAGCCUCAGUUUCUCAGUCUACCACUUCCACUUCAAGAGCCAUUUCCAGCUCCAGCUCUGGUCUGUCCUCUGAGUACCCCAGCUGUGAGAGUGUGACGGAUGAAUACGCCGGCUACCUCAUCAGGGUGCUGAAAAAAGAGGGCGGCAGUAGGGAGUUGGUCCUAGACCAGUAUGCAAGCCGUUUGGCUUACCGCUCUAUCAAACUAGGCUUGUCUCACGCUAGUCGUAAAAUCAAGAAGAGAUCUUCUAGCAGCCAACUUCACUCCUCCAAGUCUCUUCCAGAUGAGUGGAAAGCUUCUGGUAGUGACGGAGUGUCGGCCAAAGAUAGAGCAGAGACGGGGGUCUUUCAGUCCGGUGACCAUGGUCGGUGUUCUUGCACAGAUACUGGGGGCCAAAGUAAGAGGGGGUACAAGGAUCUGGUCAACUUUGCAGAGUCUCUAGCUUACAACAUCACAUGCGACGUCACACGCAAACUACAUCUCUCUACUGGACGACUCCCCAAGUCUCUCACUGAUUCCUGUCUCUAUAAGAAAUCCAAACUUGAAGACAUGACGGAGAAUCUCAUCAGAAACUCGUUCUCCUGCCCUUUGUUGUCCGGGGAUAAAAGCAGACAUUAUCACAGCACAGGAAGCCUACACGAUGGUGGCUACAGCGGCAGGGUUAUGCAGGUCGUUGAGCAUUAUGCGAGGAAGAUAGCAGAUGACACACUGAAAAUGAGCCUGGCUUCCGUUGGACAUUCAUCCUGGGAGUACCUGCGGACACAAGGCCAUGACAGGCUCUCUCACGCUCAGAGGCUUUCUGAAGGGCCGUCUGGGGUCCAGGCUUUGGGAGAAAGGACCUGCCGCUACUGCCUGGUCCAGGAGUGUCCAUACUGCACCAAACACGGGUCACACCAACACCAGUCUCUGUUACAGAGGCGGAAACGGGAGCCAGAAUAUCAGGCAGGAGCUGAACGUCUGUCCGGCGUGGAGAUUCCCAAGAUCCACAUCGACCCAGACCACAGAGCAGUUUUUGCAGAGGAGAUGGUUUCAAUGGCAAUGGAGACAGCUAAACGGGAGCUGAGUAACACCAGCCUUAAUGCAGACAGCGGGAUCGGCCACGACGGCACCAGCUACGCCGAGAGCCUCACUGCCGAGAUCAUGACAUCAGCGCUGUCAAACGUUUGUCAGGUUACCAGCUUAAGCUCACCGGGGAGGGAAGCCACCGAGUCCACCGUGUCCCAGCAGCUGAGUGUUGGAGAAGACAGUUUGGGCAGCUGGUCUAACCUGAGUUUUGAAGAUGAUCACCCAGACGACAACAGCAGCUUUCUCCAUCUCAGUGACAGCAGCAAUGGGAACAGCAGUAGCUGGAGCAGCCUGGGCCUGGAGGGGGAGGCUUGCGAGGAGCGCAUCUCAUUCUCCCCCUCUGACAGCGACAACACAGAAGACAGGGAGACCGAGGUCAAAGAGGACUCCAGCGGGACGCUCUGUGUGGAGAGGACUCCAGCACAGCCUCCCAGAACCACGCUGCUCAUGGUGAAUUCUGACGUCAGGGAGCCGGGGCGGGGCCCUCAGCCCGUGACCCUCGACCCUCAGCUCCGGAGCAUGCUGCAGUGGGUGGCGGCCUCCAUGGCUGACGUCCCCCAGAUCCAGCUGAGUCCCGACAGAGAGCUGCAGCAGCUGCCGGUGGUGGUGCAGAGGCUUCGAGAGAGGAAGUGGAGGGUGGGUGACCUGCUGCACACGCUGCUGCACUACUGUGAAGAGAUGCAAACACAGAGUCCCCCCGCAGCCAGAGAGGAAACCCUGCAGACGGGCAGAGAGCCUCACCGCAGCCCCCUUUUCCAGUGGCUGCUGGAGCACGCUUAAAGGCCUCCGACACACUCCACAGGCACCAGAGGGCGCCACACCAAUCACAUCAUUUAUCUCACUCUCAUGAAUGUGGGUGGCAUGUAUUUUUGCAUCGCAUGCUGUCACUAAGAAGCACUUCUGUUGUGUUUUGUGUUUUCUUUCCACUCUCCGUUUUGUUGUUUCAGAGUUAUUUAUCUUGCUGCUUGUAGCACCCAUUGAUUUAAAGCCGUCUCCUGCAGCCGCCCACGCUGCUGAGCUGAAGGUGCUGCCAUCAGGCUUCAGCUGGUGGGGCCGACACACAGACCCGCCCUGGGAAAGAGAGUUUUUUUAUUUUUUUUUGUCAGGGAAUCCCCAGAGCUGCUAGCCAGAUGAUGUCACCACGUCCACAGCUCACCUCUGUGGUGGUGUUUCCACAUGUUGCAAGACCAACAGUGUGCACACACAUCACACCACACCCUUGUGUUAUCAGAACCAAUUCAAGACCACAGUAAUGCCCCCAAAGUAUUCCAUAAAUGUGUUAAAAACUCCCAGGCAUGUUACACUUGUGACACUUGCCUGGAGUUUAUGUUUUACUGCCAUACACAUAGAAAGAUAAAAUGCUGUUAAAGGUGUAAAAACACAUCUGUCCCCCACUUUCAUUUUGCAUUGAUGAAGAAAAAAAAAAAAAGAAAUGAGCCAUACAUUUUGCUUCAGAUUGAAGUUGCAUCUCGAAAGUAUUCUAGUUUAAAUUUGCUUGCUUAGCUACAAUCUCUGGUUGUUAAACUUCGUAAGAUAGCUACUGUGGAUGUAUUCUAGUCGGAUAGUGGGUUUAAGAUAUAAAAAGUAUAUUUUUUUUGAAGGGAGAGUAUCUAAUCUAACAUGAAAUGCUGCUUAGUUAUUAAAAGAAACCUUCAGACGGGGUUGAAGCUGCCAAACGGAUCUCAGAGGGUGACUGUCCACAAGUCCCGCCGGCAGCAUUUACAGAAGAUGACACGCUUGUUAUCUGUGUCCAGUUUGGGGAAGAUCCCGUGACGCAGGCGGUGGAUUAUAAUUAAAGCCACCGGUGUUUUUCUGUGUCUCCAGGAAAUAAAAAUAAAACUAAAAAAAAAGGAAAGAAAAUCUCCAAACAUGGGGCAGAGCUGAAGCCGCGACUCACUCGCAUUCUGUCACCCACGCUCCAACGUCACCUUGCGGAAGUCGGGGAGCCUGAUCACCACCACACACGCACACAUGCACGCACGCACGACGAGCACGGUGACUCGCUGAGAUGCUCACUCCGCUCUCCACAUGCACUGUACCCAAAGUCCAAAGAAAGGUUAAUGGGAUAUGUUUGUAUUUAUUUAAAUCAGUGUCAUGUGAUUUUAUUUUUAUUUUUCCCGAGACAGCGGCGAAGGCCGGCGUUGCGUUGAGAACACUGUAAUAUACCACAGCCUCACAUCUGUCAAUCAUUUCAGCGUUGCCGCUGGUGUUGGCCCGCAUGGCUGGAUCGGACCUUUGGCGCGCAGCAUCACUCUUUCUGUGCGGUGGUGCGUUCAGGGAGCUGCGGUGGUGCGUUUGUGUGCACGCCGCCUCUCGGUAGGAUGCAAGCCUCGUUCCUGCUUGAUCUCUUGGCUGCCAAAUGCUCAUAUAAUCUUAAAAGUGUUUGUUCUCUAUGACUUGUUUACACACUAAAGUGUAUGUGUAUAUACAAUGGUGCACACUAACAUCCAAAUUAAUACCCAAGUCAUUAUUCAAUACAGUGGCGACUGAUUAAAAAAAGAGGGGGAAAAAAGUGAAGUAUUAAUCUGGGAAGUGUGAGAGUUUCUAGGUUUACAUUGAAGGAAUGUAUUAAGAGUCACGUGCGCACACACAUUCCCUCCCCAGGUUUUCCCCAGCACUCUCCUCUUUCUGUAUCUGCUUUCCAUUCCUUCGCCUCCCCGAUGGUGCUGCGUCAUCGUUCUGUGAAAGCUGAGUGUGAUGAGACUCCGUGUGGAGGCAGACGCGUCGUAAAUCUGUCCCGCUCCCAGUGUUGCUUUCUGCCUCACUCUAAUCAUAGCGAGAAAAAACAUUCACUGAAUAGAUAUAGAAGUAUAAGUACCUCACCUCCUCUCACCUGUAUUUCCCUGCUUUCUUGUAAAAGCCUGCCAAAGGAGGAUAUUUAAUAAAUUAUGUUAAAUUAUGUAACCGUGAGUUGUUCUCUUCUGUGGCAUUGCUGAAUAGUUUCCACACUCUAAGCCUGAACUCUUGAACCGUUGUUUAUCUCAAAGCUUGAUGUGACAAUAAAGCUUUUUAUGUGCU